GCAGUUGUCAUUGCAGUUGGCCACUGUCACAUACAAAAUUAUUUUCUUUUAAUCUCUCAUUAUCACAGACACUCCUACUUUACCGGUGUCUGUAAGAAAAAAAGAAAGAAAAAACUCCAGAGAUGCUGAGCUGAGGACAUUUUCUCCACGAAUCCCCAUCCACCACGCCUGCCUCAGCGACGAGGCAAAACCGCUGAGCGCUUCGACACGCCAGAUACCUCCCCUCCCCGCCGGUAUCUGUGCCUUCUACAAAAUAACUAAACACCCUUCUACAACAUACCACAAUGGACGCUCAAGCCUACCUCAUGCGCCUUGGCUGGGACGGCCCCGGUAACCCUCUGAACCCGAACCGCCGACCUGGUCCUCACGGCGGACUGGGCCUGACGCGCCCCAUUCUCGUCGCACGGAAAUCGAACAAAGAUGGCGUGGGUCGGAAAACGACCAAAGACCACUCGAACCAGUGGUGGCUGCGUGGAUUUGAGGAAGCAUUGCGCGGCGUCGGGGACGAUGGAACUGCCAACGAGUCCGGGGUUGGACAGCAGGGCAGUUCGCUCAUUCGGAAUGGAAGUGAGCUUUAUAAGUUCUUUGUCAGAGGGGAGGGUCUGAAGGGGACUAUUGAAGAGAAUGCGAAUAGGUUGAAGGAAGAGAAGAAGAAGGAGAAGAAGAAGACGAGUGAAGAUUCUUCUGAGGAAAAGAAAAAGUCGAAAUCGAAGAGGAAGCGUGACGACGACGAGGAUGAAGAUCCAAAGCAGGCGCGGGCUCUCAGGAAGGAAGAGAGAAGGAAGAAGAGAAAGAUGAAGGAGGAUGCUGAAUCGACCCGGAAUCAGGAUGCGACAUCAUCUAUCGAGACCAAGGAGGAGCGACGGGAGCGAAAGAAGCGCGAGAAGAAGGAGAAGAAAGACAAAAAGGAGAAGAAGCUCUCCAGGGAAGACAAAGAAGAUGAUGACCGGACAGGGCCAUCGCGCGAGGAGCGGAAGAAGGAUAAGAAACGAAAGAAGGACAUAACAACAGCGGAGCAGGAUUAUCCUACACCACUUUCGACAGAAGAAUCAAGCGCAGAUGGUUCAGCAGACGAUGAGAAAGCAUCAUCUAAGCUGAAGAAAGAGAAGAAAGAGUCAAAGGAGAAAAACAAGAAGGACAAGAAGGAGAAAAAGGAAAAGAAGCGGUCCAAGACCGACAGCGCCGGCGACGAGGUGAAAAAGGAGAAAUCAAAAAAGCGCAAGAAAGAAGAAAAGUCUUCGAAUUAAGUUUGAUGUCACGGCAGGAUUUCCAAUGCACUUGUCUAGACAUCCAAUCUAUAUAUACGCUACAUCGCACUGGACUGGCCGUACAUGGAUAGAAAUUUAGAUACCCCA